GGGAGCUAUCCUACCUUCUGGAGCGUGGCAAGAUAUCGCGGAUUGAAGGGUAAGUGAAUUAUCGGUUAUCUCCUUAGUUUGAAUAUUUUUAUGUGUAAUAAACUGAAACGAAGCUAUUCAGUUUACUUGCACUGGUGAACAACUUUCGAAUUCGUCGGCCUGAUUUUUUUAAUCUGCGUUUGUCUCUUCUCUCUAAGGAUUGUCAACGGAGAGCCGACGGUUACUGUUCGUCUCAACGCAGCCCAAAAGCUCCAAAGAAAUAAACAGGCUGGUGGAGGGGCUUACAUCCCGGCAACUAUUCAAUUUGAAGGUCCAUGCCACGCGAGUUCAAAAAAGGCUGUGCACGAUAGAGUCCACACGUCCUUAGCGGAGUGCGAGAAUGGAGGGCUGAUGAUAAUCGAUAUCGAAAAUUAGAACAUACAAUAUGAUUCAUGACGUACAAAUCCAGAAUUAAAUUUUGUUUCUCGUUNAUAUCGCGGAUUGAAGGGUAAGUGAAUUAUCGGUUAUCUCCUUAGUUUGAAUAUUUUUAUGUGUAAUAAACUGAAACGAAGCUAUUCAGUUUACUUGCACUGGUGAACAACUUUCGAAUUCGUCGGCCUGAUUUUUUUAAUCUGCGUUUGUCUCUUCUCUCUAAGGAUUGUCAACGGAGAGCCGACGGUUACUGUUCGUCUCAACGCAGCCCAAAAGCUCCAAAGAAAUAAACAGGCUGGUGGAGGGGCUUACAUCCCGGCAACUAUUCAAUUUGAAGGUCCAUGCCACGCGAGUUCAAAAAAGGCUGUGCACGAUAGAGUCCACACGUCCUUAGCGGAGUGCGAGAAUGGAGGGCUGAUGAUAAUCGAUAUCGAAAAUUAG